AUGGGUCAAGACUCCGGUCAGUCCCAGGUCAUGAGUCAUGACCCUGGUCAAUCCAAAGUCAUGGGUCAGGACCCUGGCGGAUCCCAGGUCAUCGGUCAGGACCCUGGCGGAUCCCAGGUCAUGGGUCAGGACCCUGGCGAGUCCCAGGUCAUGGGUCAGGACCCUGGCGAGUCCCAGGUCAUGGGUCAGGAACCCAGCCAAUCCCAGGUCAUGGGUCAGAAAUCCGGCCAGUCCCAGGUCAUGAGUCAAGAUGCCAACCAGUCCCAGGUCAUGGGUCAGAAACCCGGUCACUCCCAGGUCAUGGGUCUGGAUAUCAGUCAACCUCGCGUCAUAGACCAGAACACCUUUUGGUCCCAGGUCAUAGGUCAGGACCUCGACCAGUCUCGGGUCAUAGUUCAGAGCCGCAGCUCGCCCCAGGUCAUGGAUCGGUAUCCCAGCAACCCCCGGGCUCACGCCAGCACGCCAACCACCGCCGGGUCAUGGGCCAGGACAGGGACAUAG